AUGGCGGGAACUUCUAGCGCCAUCAAGUGGAAAUCCUUACCAUGGCCUUCUCAUGAAAUCCCCAAGCUCCAACAAAAUGGCAUUCACAAAGCCGCUCCAAUCCCAUCAUCUCUCUUGAAAGUGGAAAAGCUCUCUGAAAGCAUUGCUUUGUCUUCUAGAUGCUCUCUGCUUGCUGCUAGCUAUGAUCUCUCUAGGAUUAAGCCAAACCCUCUUCUAAUAGAGGUUCUAGCUGGAGGAAAAGCCCUUAUCCUAAUAGAUUUGAGCAUUGCUAUAACUAAAGGAACUUAUGCUCAUAUUACACCCAGAUCGGGAUUGGCAUGGAAGCACUCGAUUGAUGUGGGUGUUGGUGUCAUAGAUGAUGAUUACAGAGGCCCUGUUGGAGUUAUCUUGUUUAACCAAUCUACUGUUGAUUUCGAGGUAAAGGUUGGCGAUUGAAUUGCGUAAUUGAUUUUUGAGAAAAUUGUAACUCCUGAUGUCAUGGAAGUUGAGGAUUUGGAUGCAACUAUGAGAGGUGUUGGAGGGUUUGGAUCUACUGGUGUUUGA